AUGGGCUCUGUAUUGUGUUCGUUACCAGCAGACGCGUCGUUCUCAACGCCGUCUAUGGUGGUGGAAGAAAGAGAUGGUAAUAGUUUGAAGACAACCCGCGACGCCCCUAUCAAACGGACUUGCAACGGGCCGCGGGUGAUGCGGCCUGCCCUAAAGGGACGCUCGCACUCGGACACGUACCAUCACCACGCCCGCGCACGCUUAGAUUCCACCGACCAAAAGCCCAGCCAGCCCACAACGAUGGUCGUCCUAGCAGCUUCGAUAUGCACAAAAGGCGGAAAACCUGUUAUCUCGCGCCAGUUCCGCGAUAUGACGCGGACGCGUAUCGAGUCGCUGUUGGCGUCGUUCCCCAAGCUGAUCCCCACCAACACGCAGCAUACGAGCGUCGAAACCGCCGACGUGCGCUACGUCUACCAGCCCCUCGAAGAUCUCUACAUCCUCCUCAUCACCAAUAAAGCGUCGAAUAUCUUACAGGACAUCGAUACCCUCCACCUCUUCGCCCGCGUCGUCUCGGAUAUCUGUAGGAGUGCAGAUGAGAGAGAGAUCAUCUUGAAUGCGUUCGAGUUGCUUGGGGCGUUUGAUGAGAUUGUUAGUGCGGGGUAUAGGGAGAAUGUCAACCUUACGCAAGUGAAGAGUAUAUUGGAGAUGGAGAGUCAUGAAGAGAAAAUUCAGGAGAUCAUUGCUAGGAACAAGGAAGCAGAGGCUAAAGAGCUCAUCAAGAAACGAGCUCGGGAACUCGAGUUGCAGCGUCGCGAGCAGCAGCGACGCGGAGGAAGCGGUACCGGAUACUUGGGCGGUAUCGGUGGAGGAGUGUCUGGAUACUCUCCUGUUCCUCGUUACGAUGCUCCCGAUAUCCCAUCUUCAAGCUCACGCACGCCCAUCACCCCUACGGCGCCUACCCCCGCCAAGGCCCCUGCGUUCAAGGGUAGCGGUCUCAAGCUCGGCGCGAAGAAGAAGCAAGCAGAUCUACUGGACGCGCUCGGUCCUGAAGCUGCUUAUACCCCAGAGCCCUCAGCGCCUAGCACCCCCGUUGUUACCGAGCAGCAACCCAGGGCACCCGCUCCUCAAGCUGCUAGCAUUCGCGGUAGCGUUCCUGAAGUCGAGCAAGAAUCUGUCCAUGUGUCAAUCAAGGAGACGCUCUCCCUCCAGAUCCUGCGCGAUGGCGGUGUCCAGAGCAUGGAACUCAAGGGUGACAUGAACCUCCUCAUCGCCGACGCCGCCUUCUCCCACAUCCGCUUAACCCUCUCACCACCACCCUCUUCCGCUCCUUCCAACCUCCAAUUCAAGCAACACCCGAAUGUCUCCAAGUUCCCCGCCAACCCCUCUGCUCCCCGCGUCGUCGCUCUCAAGGAUCCUUCAAAAGCCUUCCCUCUCAACCAAAACGUUGGUGUGUUGAAGUGGAGGUAUGCGGGUACGGAUGAGAGUUUGGUGCCGCUCAACAUCAACUGCUGGCCUACCCCUGGCAAUGGCACCUGUGAGAUCAGCAUCGAGUACGAACUCGAGAGUGAGGAUGUAGAGUUGUGGGAUGUCUCGAUUUUGAUUCCUUUGCCAGAUGGCUCCUAUCCCACCGUCACAUCCGAAUCCCAUACCGGCUCUUGGUCCCUCGACGCCGAUUCCCACUCGUUGUUGUGGACGAUCCCCCACGUCUCGCCUUCGAACGAGGAAACCAAGUCUGGCUCAUUGAUCUUCACCGUCAAUGGAGACGACACCAGCGUGUUCUUCCCCGUCGAUGUCGGGUUCGUCGGCAAGGGAAGCUUGGGAGGCAUCGGCGUUGGCAGCGUCACAAAGGUCGGGGAAGGCGAGGGCGAGGAGGUCGUUCACUCUGUCGAUGCACUCGUCACUGUGGACGAGUACGCUGUCGUUUAAUGGGCCGUUGAAGAUGAAGGAAAUUGGAGAUGUAGAGUUUAUUUGGGUUAUGACAUCUCUUUGGCUCUUGCUGCUCCACUGACCCUACCUACUACUGUGAUGAUGACGGAACUCAAUAAUGUAUUUAUCGUUCUUUCCUUC